GUUGAUCACAGAGUUUUAUGUGUACCAAAGGGCAACAUGAUAGGUAUCUACUGAGCAUUUGAUCAAAUUUGGGAGAUGCUACAUGCCGCAGAUGGGCCAUGGUGUGCAUAAAUACCACAAAUCGACCGCUAAUCAGACUCUUUGGUCCUAAAAAAGAAGUCACUGGCAAUGCCUAUCGAAUUCACUUGCCUGGAUCCUUGGAAGACUGGCUCACUCAUAGGGGGCUACCACCUCAGAAGGUUGCCAUCAGCCAUGAAAUACCUGAAGGCAGGGGCUUGGUGGCGACCCGGCGCGUGAGGAAGCAUGAGAAGCUCCUCAAUGUUCCUGCCCAGCUCCUGCUGACUGCUGAUGUGGCCCUUCAGCACUCAGCAUAUGGAGGCCUGCUUGAGAGCUGUGGAGUCCCAGCCUGGAGCGUGCUGGCAACAUUCCUCGCUGAGACAAGACGGCAGCCCGAGGGCGAUAAAAAUGUGUGGGGUCAAUAUGUGGAUGCGCUUCCAUCGCAGACUGGCUGUGUUCUAGAAUGGGCCUCAGAAGAGGUGGACUUGUUGCGGGGGACCGCAGCUAUGAGGGCUGCAGAUGAGAUCAUAGCAGCCUGCAGCGCAUCUGUUGCAGAGCUUGCGCCCAUUCUCAGGGAGUCUGCCUCCAUGCCCGGGGGGCCUCUCACAGAGCAGGACCUCAGAUGGGGCUUCUCCAUGCUCCUGUCACGCCUCAUCAGGCUUCCAGGCAAGCAGGAUCUUGAGGCCUGUGUAUAUGUGUCCUAUGGGCAGAAGUCGGAUACGCAGCUGCUGCUGUCCUAUGGGUUCAUGCCCGCCCCGCUGUCAAACCCGCACAGUGCAUGCAACCUCCGCCUGAGCCUCCAACGUGACGAUCCCUGCUUUGAUGCCAAGAGAGCGCUCCUCGAGGAGGCAGGCCACAGCGCCUGCAUGGAGUUCCCACUGCGUCUGGACUCUCUGCCGCAGAAGCUGAUCAAUUAUGCAGCAUUUCUCUGCACAGAGGCUCCUGACAGAAGGGUGGUCUCGCAGAUUGACCAGACAGGCGUCGUCGAUGGUUCUGCCAGAAAGGGUGCCAUAAAUCUCAUCACCAAGGAGUGCAAGGUAGCUCUGACAGCGAUCCCUGCCACGCUAGCAGCCGAUCAGGAGGCUCUGAAUAACAUAAUGGCGCAGCUUGCUGGGAAGGAUAUUUUGAACGUGACAUCUUUGCAGAGGAGAGCAGACAUUCUCAAAGUCAGGAUCAACGAACGCAAGAUCCUCAACAAGAACUUGUUCACUUUGCGCCAAGCACCUCCUCUUAGCCAGGAAGGUCUCAGCAUCGGGAAGCUGAAGAGCAGGGGCAGUCCACCGGCAGCCACGCCAUCGCCUGUGAAGGUGGUAUGGAAUCGCGUGCUGAGGCAGCUCUCAUCCCUGCCGCUUGCAAUCGGAGAGCUGGCGGUCAUUGCCCUUUUCUCUGCCAUCGGCACAGUCAUAGAGCAGAACAGAUCUCUGGCCUACUACAUGAAGAACUACCCGGAUGGUCCGGACAAGGUGAUUGGCUUUGUGGACUGGCAGCUGAUCAAGGCCCUGCAGUGGGACCACAUCUACUCAGCCAACUACUUUCUGGCCCUCAUGGCACUACUGGCUGCAUCUCUGGCAGCAUGUACCUCCACUCGCCAGUGGCCCAUGGUCAGAGUGGCGCGCCGGUGGCGUUUUGCACAGACACCAGAGCGAGUGUAUGCGAUGGCAAAGGAGGGCACUGCAGCGGCGCUGCCGAACGCGGAUGUGCGUUUGAUGGGGCAGGCGCUGCAGCAGAGCGGCUACCAGGUGUUCUUGAGGGACGGCAGCCUUUACGCCUUCAAGGGCCUGGCCGGCAAGCUGGGGCCCAUCGGAGUCCAUGCUGCCAUGCUCCUGGUCAUGGCAGGGGUGACGUAUGGUUGCUUGGCUGGGCUCAAGGGGACAGCAAUGGUGCCAGAGGGGGGGGACUUCAUCUUUUCGCAGGCGCUGUCGCCCAGGAGCGCCCUUGCGCGGCAGCCGCGGGGCGCGGCCGCCAUGCUGCACGUGAAUAGCUUUGACGUGAAGUACCGCGAGGACGGCAGCGUGGACCAGUUCGUGAGCGACCUCAGCGUGUUUGACGGCCAGGGGCGCGAGCAAUUGCGCAAGUCCAUCUCCGUCAACGACCCCCUGCGCUACCAGGGUAUCACGGCGUACCAGACGGAUUACAGCAUGGCGGCCCUCACAGUGCGUGCUCCAGGGUCCCCGCUGCAGCCGGCCGACGGCAGCGCCUUCAACCUUCCCAUGGCCUCCCUCGACGGCAAGCCAGGGGUGAAGGGCAAGCUCUGGGCGACGUUCGUGCCGAUGGAGCCGCCUCCGGCCGACCUGAGGAGCACCAAGCCGCGGGGGGUGUCCAUUGUUGCGCGAGACUUCCAGACGGUGGCUCUGUACAAGAUGGACGGCACCUUUGCCGGCAUCAGACGGCCCGGCUCUCAGAAACCUAUCGAGGUGGAUGGCAUGACAAUAAUCGUUGAUGACAUAGUGGGGAGCACAGGCCUGGAGCUCAAGGUGGACCCUGGAGUGCCAUAUGUCUACGCUGGCUUUGCAGGGCUCAUGAUCACCACAUUGGUGAGCUACCUGUCACAUUCCCAAAUCUGGGCUCUGCAAGAAGGUUCCCUGCUGCACGUGGGCGGGCGCAGCAACCGCGCCACUGUCACCUUUGCCCUGGAGCUGGAUGAUCUGAUGAACAGCAUCCCAGAGCAGCGCCCAUCUGUUGAAGCACAGCGCACAAUAGCUGAGAAUUAG